UCUACCCUGGUCACUUGGUAUCAGUAAUGUUACACUGACGAGACAAUAGCCGCUGCAGGAAGUACUGUACAGAACAGGAACUCUCCCAAUGCUAACAUGUGACUCCGUAUUGUGUCUUAUUUUGUCUUAUUAUAUCUAAUAUAUUGGGUAAUACGAGUGUCAAGGUACCUAUAGGGCUCUAAUAAUGUUAAAACUUGUAUUUAGAAGGUUAUACACAUGUUUCCUUUGCUCUAAGUGCGAAAAUAAUUCAUUUAUAAAUAAGAAAUCACGGUCGGGUCUGGAACCAAUUAACCUUGAUAAACGACGGAGUGCUUAGCACACACACACACACACAAACAAAAAAACAACAUUGUUUUAUUGCAAACACUUGAGUAGAUGGUAGCGGUUAAUUUAGUUUUGGCAUCGUUGUUGCGUUCAGGUGAAACUUUUCCCAGCACAACGCGUACAUACAUUAAACGCAGUAUUUGUGUACCUUCCUGUUUGCUUUUCUUGAAGCAUUGUUUGGAUAGGUUGAGAGGAACUAAUAGCACACCAGCUCACGCACUGACGCUGUAAUCUAAAGUCGUUUCCACCCACCCCGCCCCUCACUCUCCUCUUUGGCUUUUUUACGCCAUCUGACUGAAAAGUUUGUUUUUCCUGAAGUGAACGAUUUAACUCUCGAUGCUCUCUAUCCACUCACUUGUCACUUUUGUCAAACGCCGGCGUUCCCUCGCUGCUCGGCACCAACGUGCAGACGCGCUUGAUCAAAUCUUUGGUGAUUCAGAAGAUGCCGAAGCCUGCAUCCAAACACAGCACGCGGGGUCUGAUGUGGCCUUCGGGUGCAGGCAGGAUACUUUGCAGAAUGAAAAGGCCACAAGUCACGCGCGUGAAGGCAGCGCGAGGCUGGCACACUUGCAGCGUGAGAUCCCCCGCCUGCAGAGCAUCCACAACGACAACAUGAAAGAGCUCACCGAAAAAGACCUCAACAUCACCGAACUGCAAGCAAGCAUUUUGCGGCUGCAACAAGAGGGCGUCGACACCCGUGCUCAGCUAAAAGCACGAGAAGCGCGCGUAGCGCACCUGCAACAGGACGCGGCUGCUUCACGAGACACGCGGGACUCUCUGAGGAGGACGUCGGCGCUGAAGGAGAAACGCACACACCAGCUGCUUGAAGACGAUGCCCACCUUAAAGCACGGCUGGACACACUGCAGAGCCAAACGAGCGGGUGCGUGGCGAGCGACGUGAGCGCGGCUCUGGGUCGGGCCAGUGUCAGUCUGGAUGCGGAGAGGCGGUCCAGGCAGCAGAUCCAGGAACAGUCUGAUCACGCCAGCAAAGAGGUGGAGCGUCUGCAGCGGGAACUCACUCGUGUGCGUCGCAAUGCCGAGAAGAAGAUUGAAAAAAGGGAGAUAAGGAUUUGUGCUCUUGUUAAGGAGGGGAAGAAGACGCAGGCUGACUAUCAGGAAAAGCUGCUGACCCUGGAGAAGUCUUUGGAGAAGUUAUGUGAGGAGAGGGACGAUCUGAGAGCCAAGAUGGAGGGCACCAGCAGGAAGUGCGUCCAUCUCAAUCUCACCAGAGACAAACCGGAGGCCGACUCGGCUGUGAGCCGCGAGAAACCGCGGUCUUGUCACUCGGAGGUGCAGAGCAGAGAUCAGCUAAUUGUUCGACUGAGGUCGGAAAUGAAGUCGAUAGAGAGGAAGCAUCACGAGGCGCAGCAACAGUUUGCAGCAUCAGAGGAGAAGCUACAAGAGCAGCAAAUGGAGCUGGAGCGCCUCCGUCAGCAGCUCAAAGGAGCCCGGGAGGAAUUAAAAGAGGCCCGUGCACAAGCAGAGGAGCCGAAAGAAAGGGCUGCCAUUUUUAAACGCAAGUACACCGCCGCAAUGGAGAAGGUGCACAAGGUGCAGGGGCAGGUGGACCAUCUGGAGGAGGAGCUACGAUAUUCCCAGCAACAGCUGAAGGAGUCCCGACUCGCAUCUCGAUCAUUGGAAGGAGAGCUGUCUGAGCUGAAGCGCCACCACCGGCAAAAGGUCGGCCAAUGGGAGAGCUCGCAGGAGGCGCUCGACCAGUUGACGGACGAACUCCAGGUCAGCCAUAACCUACUGACCGAGAGCCAGCAGAAGGUGGACUACUUCAGGAGCCUUGUGUGUGGCCUGCAGGGGCAAGUGGACGCCAUCGAGCAGCAGAAAGUGGCGUCGGAGUGUGACCUGCGACUUUAUCAGCAGAGUCACUCUCACGCCGACGAGGACUUCCUCAGCCUGCAAAGUCACGAGGAGAAGCUGCAGAAGAGCUGCAGUGAGCAGGUGAAGCGCCUUGUGGAGUGUGAAAAGGUUAUUCUACAGAUGAAAUCAGAGCUGGAGAGACAACGCCGGGAGCAGGCGAGUCUGAAGCGGAGUCUUGUCGCAUCCUGCCGCACGCACCUUAACAGGCGCAGACAGCUGGAACAGGAAGUGGAGCGGCGGAAAGAGGAAGUUGCACGCUUGCGGCUUGAGCUCGCUGACAGCCAGAAGGUGCACAUCACUCUCCUGCGGCAGUCAGAGGAGGAGCUCCAGGGAGCCAGGCAGGAAGUGGCGAGGAGGAGCGGGGAGGUGCACGCUCACAGGGACCAAGUGCAGCGACUGGAGGAGGAAUCACAAGAACAGAAGGAGAAGCUGAAGAGCGCUCAGAGAGAGAAGCAGAGUCUGAGCAGUCGUGUCAGGCAGCUGAGUCAAGAGCUUGAGGAGCUGCGCUGCCAACAUCGGAGCACAGUGGAGGAGCUGGCUGUCCGUUCCGAGGAGGCAAAGUGCAUGGCGGCGCGCCUGACGGAGGGAAAGCAAGCACAGGACAAACUAAGCACCGCGGCUCUGAAGCUGGAGAUGCAGACUGCAGAGCUCAAGAGGAACCUUGACCAGGCUGGACAGGACAAAAAGGAUGCAGAAGCCCAGUUGGAGACAUUGCAGGCCAAGCUGGAGGCGUCGUGUUCGGACAACGCCAACAUUCGCCACGAGAGCCAGCUAAUGGUGACGAAUCUCAAACGAUGGAUAGCUGAGCAAAAGGUGUCUAGUGAGAACCUCGCAGAGCAGAUGAAGACCCAAAGCAAAGCUCUGCUCGACGUCACUGAAGAGAAAACACACCUUCAGGAGGCUAAUGACACGUUGAAGGCGGAGGUGAAGCGACUGAAAGACGUGGCGGAGGGGCACGAGAGAGAGAUGGGACGCGUCAAGGCACAACUGAAGGACCUGCGCGCGCUGCAAGACGAGACAAUCCUGGAAAAGGAGACUUGUGUGGCUUUGAAUCUGGGCAGACUGGCCGACAUGCAGAUCAAAUUGGAGCGCAACAUGGACGCCGUCGGACUGCUCAAUCAACAGUUCGGCGCCCUCACUGAGGAGAACAAGCGUUUGCGUCGGCAGCUCGCGGAAGACAAGUCCAAGGAUCACCCAGCAGUGCCCACCCACCUCCUCUCUCCCUUCCACCUCACCCCUCCCCGCUUGAAACAAGCGACAAAGCACACCGACUGCGUCUGAAACCCGAGGUGAGCCCACCAAGCUGGCUACGGUUUGGAUGACGUGGGCGAGACUCUUCUCCCCUCCUCUUCUUUUCCACUCCCCUCUGGACUCAGACCAGGGAGGGAUCGCACCAAAUAAAGCCUGCAGAACACUUUGACCUGUCACGGCUUUUUGACCUCCAGCUGCUCACCGGGGAAUGUGCUCUGUAUGAGGUUAAUGUCCUGCGGGUCAAAGCCGAGUCCCAGGGUGCUUAUCGCCUCAAGGAAGGAAACUGGGUGAACAUAAGAGGGAUUCCCUCAAAGCUUCAAAAACAGCCAGACUCACCUUCCAUCAAUUUGGUUUCCUUUUAGUAUGCGCCUUUUUUAGUGGUUAGAACAUUUUCUAACCACUUAGCAACCAUACAAGACCUCCACCAAGGCCAAAAAGUCUCAAAUAUUGUCACAGAAACCCACCUUCUAUGGCUUUUUUUUUAGUUCUAGGUUGGUUUUUUUUUCAAAUUUUAGUUAGCACCUUUUAUCCAGAACUUGUCCAACAUGUAAUGGGUUCCUGCACUCAAAAGAUAACCAGGAGUAUACUCACAAGAAAAGGGUAAUAAGGUCGUAAUCUUGCAAGAAUAAAGAUGCAAUUUUAACAACA